AAAUUCAAGGAAGCUGUGCAGGGAGUGAAAGACAGCCAGUUUGCAUUUGACUGGUUAAGCAAGACUGCUAAGAAUGACACCCUUGCAAAAUGGGAAGCUGAGGCUGCUGCUACUCAGGAUGACCAACUCCACAAUCCCAAUGCCAUGGACAUAUAUGAAAUUCAAUUGACAAAA